CGUCUUCGUCAUCGCUGCCGCCAGAUAAUUAAACGAUUAACGCUGCCAAGAUGGGAAUGCAACUGGCGCUAAUCCUGGCCGCCAUCCUCGGGUUGGCCCACUCGCAGGGCACCAAGUACGGAUUGUGGACACCGGAUCGCGCCCACUCCGAUACCCAGCCCGUCCAGUGGACCGGGGGACAGUUCGAGUUCCCCUGUGCUAGCACCAAGUCGCUCUUCAAGAGCUCCGGCAAGUUCAUACCCAAGAAUGUGAUUGCCACGCGAGCCCAGCUGAUCGGAGACACCAUUUACCUGGCCCUACCACGCUACCGGAAGGGUGUUCCAGCCACUCUGGUGAAGACCAGUAUAAAGCCGGGCACCUGCUCCACUACCUUCAAGCCAUAUCCCUGCUGGGAUCUGCAAGAGGAGGGCAACUGCAAGGCCCUGCAGUCGGUGGUGGACCUAGUGGUGGACCAGAACGAAGUGCUCUGGGUUCUGGACACCGGCAUUGUCAAUACGUUGGAGACUCCCGUUCGGAAGUGUCCCCCGAAAGUGGUGGCCAUGUCGGUGAAGACGGGCAAGGUUUUAAAGACAGUUUCCCUGGAGGGUCUGACCUCCAGCAGCUCUCGCCUGCAGUAUCUGGUGGUGGACUAUGCUCCGGAUGGCGGAUGCUUUGUCUAUGUCAGCGAUGCCGCCAACAGGGCCAUCAUCGUGUACAAUCUCCAGGCGGAUCGGGGAUUCCGUGUGGUGCUGCCCAAGGCUGUCACAGCGGGCUGCCGUUCAAGGGAUGUCCUUUACAUUGCUCUCAUCCGCCGCGAUUGUGGCUCCACAGAGCUGUAUUUCACGUACCUGAGCACCAACAAGCUGUUUUCUUUAAAAUCUGAGUAUCUGCGCAGCGGAGUGGCAGAUGGAAGGAUACUGGACCUUGGCAAGAAGCCCACCCGCAUGGUUAUCAUUGGCACGGACAACGGUUCGGCUAUAUUCUUCCGUAACGAAGGCGACGCGGAGGUUUACAGAUGGGACACAAACUCCACGUUCGCGGAGGCUAACUUCAAGCCUGUGUACCGCAGUCAGACUUGCCAGCUGGUGACCCAUGCGGUUCCGGAUUACAAACGGAAUACCAUGCGGGUACUGCAGAGCAAUUUUCCGGAUUACAUGCAGAACCGAGUGGGCUGCGGGGCCAUCCAGCAAUUGGGCCUGAUGCAGGGCUGCUGGUAACAGGGUUACUUCAAACACACUCUACACCAAACACACUCUACACCACACACACUCUACACACGCACAUAUUUCACAGGGAAAUCGAAUAGGGAGAAAAAAACUGAAAGUGCCACUGCAUCUAAAUUGGCAAUAACCGAGAAUGGGAAUGGGUACAACUAGGUUUUUUUUUCUAUUUUUUUGGGAGGGCCCCCGAGUGCAGUUUGUGUUUGGUAUUGGUAUUUUGUACAUAAACUAACGACUCUGGUCGCUCUUGUUGUUAUCUAAGCUAAGCAAAUAAAAGUUUCAUUGCCGAACA